CGCUCGCGUCAAACAUGGCUGUGCUUCUGAAGAAAGAAAAAUGUUGAAUUGUGUUGGAAGGAUUCGAAAAAAAGGGCAACCAUGGCUAGAUUGGCUGACUAUUUUAUCGUCGUUGGAUACGACCAAGACAAGACCGGUUCAAGAGAGGGAAGUGGCAGAAUCAUCCAGCGCUUCCCCAAACAAGACUGGGAUGGCACAGCAUUCCCUCAGGGUGUGGAGAUGUUCUGUCAGCCAGGAGGAUGGAAGCUUUCUCGGGAGCGGAAGCCACCAACCUUCUUUACGGUGGUGCUGACGGACAUCGACUCAGACAGACACUACUGCUCCUGCUUAACCUUCUACGAGGCUGAGGUCAACCUGCAGGGCACGAAGACACCUGAAGGUGAUGAAGAUGAAGAUGAGGAGGAAGACGGUCUUAUCCACCCAGCUCAAGUGUUUGCGCCCAAAAGUCUAAUCCUGGUCUCCAGGCUGGAUUUCCCAGAAAUAUUUAGGGGCUGUUUGGGGCUUAUCUACACAGUUUACAUUGACAGCCUGAACUUCCCUCUGGAGGGCUUGGUGGCGAACCUUCUCACGUGCACUGUUCCUACUGCAGGAGGCUCCCAGAAGCUUUUCUCUCUGGGGGCCGGCGAUCGGCAGCUCAUCCAGAGUCCUCUCAACGCCAGCCUGCCAGUGACCAACAAAAGUGUGUUCCUUCUCUUCCAGCAGCUGGGGAUCCAGAAUGUUCUGAGUCUGUUUUGUGCAGUUCUCACAGAACACAAGGUUUUGUUUCACUCAAUGAGCUACCAGCGACUAGGGGAGGCCUGCCGUGCUCUAGAAGCGCUGAUGUUUCCUCUCAAGUACAGCUACCCCUACAUUCCCAUCCUCCCCUCUGGGCUGCUGGAGGUGCUCAGCUCUCCCACACCCUUCAUCAUCGGUGUGCACUCCAUGUUCCAGGGCGAGACUCAGGACCUGCUUGACGUGAUCAUUGCUGACCUGGACGGAGGGACGAUAAAAAUCCCGGAGUGCAUCCACCUGUCUCAGCUUCCCGAGCCUCUCUUCCAGAACACCCAGACCGCACUGUCUAUGGUUUUGAACCCAGAUCUGGAAAUAGCAGAUAACGCCUUCCCUCCCCCGCGCUCCGCUUCGUCCAACCUCAGAAUGCUGGACAAGGAGGUGAGGGCGGUAUUCCUGCGCUUGUUUGCACAACUGUUCCAGGGCUACAGGUCUUGUCUGCAACUCAUUCGCAUCCAUUCUGAGCCUGUGAUCCACUUUCACAAGGCUGCCUUUCUCGGCCAACGCGGCCUCAUCGAAAACGACUUCUUGCCCAAAGUGCUGGAUGGCAUGGCUUUCGCAGGCUUCGUGUCAGAGAGGGGGCCCCCUCACAGGGCCUGCGAUCUUUUUGACGAGCUGGUGGCUCUUGAUGUCGAGCACUUUAAGGAGGAAGAAGAGAACCAAGCCAAAAUGCAGAAGUACAUAAGAGAGCUGUCUGACCAGCUUUACCGAAAUGAGAACCCCAACCCCCACAUGGCUUUCCAGAAAUUGCCUCGGCCCAGUGAGGGCUCUCACCUGCGGGUGCACGUGGUGGCCUUCCCUCUGCUGGACAAGGACAGGGUGGAGGAGCUGGCGCAGGAGGCCAUGGCCAAGCAGAACCACGUCGCCCUCGGCGCUCGGCCAGAGAAAAAGUGCGUGGUGCCCGCCGGGCCCCCUGUCGCGUCCAUCGCAGGGAAAGGCUGUGUCGUGUUCAACAGCGCCCGGCGCCUGGAGGUGGUGCGCAGAUGCAUCGGCCUCAUCUUCGAAAACAAGACGCUGGAAACGGAGAAGGCGCUCCCGGCGGCGCUGCGGGCCCUGAAGGGCAGGGCGGCACGCCAGUGCCUGACCGAGGAGCUGAGCGUCCAUGUGCAGCAGAGCCGUGCCAUUCUCGACCACCAGCAGUUCGACCACAUAGUGCGGCUGAUGAACUGCGCCCUUCAGGACUGCUCCAACUCGGAAGAGUUUACAGUGGCUGCCGCCUUGCUGCCCCACACUACGGCCUUUUAUCGGAAACUCGCGCCUGGGGUGAACCAGUUUGCCUACACCUGCGUCCAGGAGCAUCCCAUAUGGACCAAUCAGCAGUUCUGGGAGGCAACGUUCUACUCGGAGGUGCAGACCCAGAUCCGAGCACUGUACCUCAACAUUCCUGACGACAAGCAGCUCAGCACGACCAAGCUCAAGGCGCAGGGUCCCAGCGAGUCGGAGCGCAGUGCCAUGGACCUGGCCGCCGAGCAGAUGCGGGCCUGGCCCGACCUGAGCAAGGAGAAGCAGCAGGAGCUGGUGAAGAGUGAGGAGAGCACGGUGUUCAGCCAGGCCAUCCACUACGCCAGCCUCAUGGUCUACCUGCUCGUGCCCCUGGACGCCAGUAAGAACAAGCUCCUCCGUGCCACGCCGGCCGCGGACUGGGAGAGUGGAAGCAACAGCAUCGUCACCAACAGCAUCGCAGGCAGUGUGGCAGAAAGCUUCGACACUGAGAGUGGAUUCGAAGAGUCUGAAAACAGUGACGUCGCAAACUCGGUGGUAAAGUUCAUCGCUCGGUUCAUCGACAAGGUGUGCACCGAGAGCAGCGUGACACAGGAUCACAUCAAGAAUCUCCACAGCAUGAUUCCAGGCAUUGUGGCCAUACAAAUGGAAACUCUGGAGGCUGUUCACAGGGAGAGCAGGAGACUCCCACCCAUUCAGAAGCCAAAGAUCCUGCGUCCCGCCCUGCUCCCAGGAGAGGAGCUCGUGGCCGAGGGCCUGCGUGUGGUCCUGGACCCUGACGGCAGAGAAGAGGCCACGGGCGGCCUGCUAGGUGGACCGCACAUCCUGCCUGCAGAGGGGGCACUCUUCCUCACCAGCUACCGUGUCAUCUUCAAAGGCACUCCCCACGAUCCCUUGGUUGGCGAGCAACCCGUGAUCAGAAGUUUCCCCGUGUCCACGCUGACAAAAGACAAAAAGAUCAGCAUUCAGAACCAGCUUCAGCAGAACAUGCAGGAGGGCCUGCAGCUCAGGUCCGCCUCCUUCCAGCUUAUUAAGGUGGCGUUUGAUGAAGAGGUGACCUCCGAGAUGGUGGAGAUCUUCAGGAAGCACCUGCAGAGGAUCCGUUAUCCGCAGUCCACCUUUAGCACCUUUGCGUUUGCGGCCGGGCAGAUGGCCCCACAGCUUCUUCUCCCCAAGCAGAAGGAGAGGAACACGGGCUUCCGCAGCACACUGUCCAAGACCUUAGCGAAAGGGGCGAAGAGAGCAGGUAUAAUCACCAUGGGACGCCAGUCCACCCUGCAGAAGAAACUAGAGAAGGGCAACCGCAUGACCUGGUAUGAGGAUGACGACGUCUCCGUAUCGGACGACGGCGAGCCACCCACCAGCAGCACCCUAAAAGCCUCGGAGAAGUCAACCAUGGAGCAGCUGGUGGAGCGUGCCUGUUUCCGUGACUACCAGAGGCUUGGUCUGGGCACCAUCACGGCCAGCUCGUCACGUUCCAAGAGUGGAGAGCAGUUCCGCGUGACGGCGGUCAACAGACUCUACUCGCUGUGUCGCAGUUACCCGGGUCUACUGGUGGUGCCACAGACCGUGCAGGACAGCAGCUUGCAAAAGGUGGCACGCUGCUACAGACACAACCGGCUGCCCGUGGUGUGCUGGAAACACCCUGGCACCAAAGCUGUCCUGAUGCGCGCCGGCGGCUUCCACGGCAAAAGUGUGGUCGGGCUGUUCAAGUCCCAGAACCCCGCGGCAGCAGCUCCUACCUCUUCGUCAGAAUCGUCCAGUAGUCUGGAGCAGGAGAAGUACCUGCAGGCCAUCCUCAGCUCAAUCCCCGUGUACUUCAAACCCAACGGUGGCAGCAACACGCUAUCCAACCGCUCACUCGUGGGCCUGUCUCCAGCUAGUGAAAGGAGGUCAACAAGAAUCCCAAAGAUAGCACCCGUCCACUUGGAUAUUUCUUUCUCCAACAGCUUCGCUAGAGGAGUGCUUGGGUACAGGGACAAACUUUUCACUCACACAAACCAAAAAUCUGCAGCUAAGGGGAGACUCCACAAUCAAGGUGUGUGGGCAAGCCUGCGUUCCAGCAGCAAGUUCAACCAGCACCCCACUAUGGCAGAAGUGGGGGCGCGGUUAGCUGGCAAGGAUCUGGCACCCCCUGCAGGCAGCGAGAGUCUGCAAGCACAGCUCCUCAAGAAGCAAGCAGCCCUCUAUAUCUUCGGAGAGAAGUCUCACCUCAGGGGCUUCAAGUUGGACUCGAUGCUGAACUGCGAUCUGGUGCCGGUGGAGUUUGCAGACACACGGCAAGCCAAGGCCUCCUUCAAGAAGCUGCUCCGCGCCUGUGUUCCGAGCGCCAUGCCAACCGACACAGAGGACUCCUUCCUCAAGGCGCUGGAAGAGAGCGAGUGGAUUCUGCAGCUUCAUAAGCUGCUCCAGCUGUGUCUGAUCCUAGUUGAGCUCCUGGACAGUGGGUCAUCAGUGAUGCUCAGUCUGGAGGAUGGCUGGGACAUCACCACACAGGUGGUGUCGCUGGUGCAGUUGCUGAGCGAUCCGUUCUACCGGACACUGGAGGGCUUCCAGGUCCUGGUGGAGAAGGAAUGGCUUUCCUUCGGCCACAAGUUUAGCCAGCGUGGUAACCUGACCCCCGGCAGCCAGGGCAGCGGCUUCACGCCCAUCUUCCUGCAGUUCCUGGACUGCGUGCACCAGGUCCAUAACCAGUACCCACUGGAGUUCGAGUUUAAUCAGCACUAUCUGAAGUUCCUUGCCUACCACUACAUCUCCAACCGCUUCAAGAACUUCCUGCUGGACUCUGACUACGAACGCCUGGAGCACGGCACGUUGUUUGAGGAUAAAGGAGGCAAGCAGGCCAGGAGAGGGAUCUGUAUCUGGGAGUCUAUCAGCAGAAUGCACCACCGGAGUCCCAUCUUCUUCAACUACCUGUACAGUCCUACAGAGGCAGAGCCCGUGCUGAAACCAUCCCUUUCCAUUCCAAACCUGACAAAAUGGGACUUCUACACGGCCGAGACCCUGUCCACCGGGCCCUCGUAUGACUGGAGGAUGCUGGCGGUGCCCUCAGAGAGCACGGAGGAGCAGGACACCUUCAACUCCAGCAAGAGGAGGAUCAUCUGGCCCUGCUACAGCAGCGUUGCCCGAGCCCAGCCUGAUGCCAUCACCAAACUACUGGCGGACAUAGAGAGACUGGAAGGGGAGCUGAGCCAGGUUCCCGAGCGAUGGCAGGCCACUCUGGAGAAAGUGAGAGUCAGUGUGCAGGAGGACCUCAAACAGGAAGGCAGUCUUCGGAAGCAGUCGAUUUCCGUCUCGGGCCUGAUCCCCACCUCCAGCCUGCAGGCCUACCAGCGGCGCUCCAUGCUGCACCUGCCUGACAGCGGCCUGGGCGAGGACAGCAGCCCUACUGCAGCCAACGGGGUCAACCGGCGAGCCGCCACGCUCUACAAUCAGUUCACGCCCCGCAGUGACGAGAACAGGUCUUUCGAAGGGGUCCUGUACAAGAGAGGGGCGUUGCUGAAGGCCUGGAAGCGCAGGUGGUUCGUCCUGGACAUCACGAAACAUCAGCUGAGGUAUUAUGACUCGGAUGAAGACACCAGCUCCAGGGGCCACAUAGAACUGGCUGAGGUGGAGUCGGUUGUCAUGGCAACACCAACCAUAGGAGCCCCCAAAAACAUCAGUGAGAGAGCAUUCUUCGAUCUGAAGACCACUAAGCGAGUGUACAACUUCUGUGCGGAGAACGCUCAAAGCGCCCAGCAGUGGAUGGAUAAGAUCCAGAGCUGCAUCUCUGAUGCGUGAGGGCGGCUCUUCCCCGACGGGGUCCUCUGUCAGAGCCCCUGGAAGCCAGGUCCCUCACCCCUCGCCCCUACCGUCUCUCUCCCUGCAGGGAGACUCACUGUGCAUUAGUAGGACCAUAGCAGCGCUCCCCAGUGCCUGUGGAAGGGGAAGGUGUGAUGGGAGUUCUCCAGAGGAUCUCUCCUUCCCUACCCCACUAUGAGGAGUGCAGCAGGUUCACUGCCGCGGUAUUCUUCUCCGGAACUGUGCGCGUUCACGUUAGCCGGGUUCCGUCUCACCCCGAUCACCGGCGCUCUCCUGUCAGCUACUCCUGAGCUCGGCUGCUUCAGAGCCUCUCGGAUUCUUGCAAGCACAAGCCAUUGAACACUCUGGGCCCAGAAUAAGAUUGUGUGCGGUCAGAACCCAUGAGAGAAAAUACUUCUGAUGAGGAAAAGACGUUGCUGCUUAUGAGAUGCAAAAGAACCGCCAAAAAUACCUGAUGGAUGUUUUUUAAAAGAUGCACAAUAUAACAAGGCAAUUUAUUUGCACUUAAUACUAUGAUAUGCACUCCAGCACUCCGCAUAUAUUUUUUCUAGUAGGUAAAAACAGCAAGGCAAAGUCAUUACUUUAUGUACAAAAAAACAUCUGUCUAAACAAAUGUAUACUCUUAAAAAAACAAUACUUUGCACACUAAAGCAUAAAUAUUUCCUGACAUUUUCUAUUUAAGCCAUUGUGGUUUUGUGUUUUUUAAUACAUGAAUGUGUCUGCUCAUGGAUAACAGGUUGGUUUUUGUGAUGUAAAUUAUUUUUUUAUCAUUUAACGAGUAACUGGUGUUUGUUCACAGAUGGAAAUUUUAUGUUUCCUGUAAAUAUCUGUAACAUUUCAAACUUGGUUUUAUACUGUGUAUGUGCUGUGGUGUACGUGUGGGUUUUUUUUUCUAACCUUUUAACAGAACUGAAGCCAUCGUUAGUUUUACAUAUUCUGUUGACUUAUUGACCAAAUUACUCCCUGUUUCUGCGUGAGCUGUUCUGUCUGACAUGAAGGGACAAACACUAGAUUUGUUGGCUCUCGCCAAGGGUCUCUCUGUAUCGAAGGGCUCUUGUCUGAAUGUGUGGGACACUGCAUGAUUUAACCCUGGUUUUCUUUAGGUAGGUGUGUGUGUGUGUGUGUGUGUGUGGUUUCAAGAAACAACGCUAAGAGGACUCACUCGGAUAAGAGAUGUCUGUUACUGUACAUGGAAAGGAUGUUGCUGUGUCUGUGUACCAUGUUUGGUGGUGCCACUAAUGUUCAUGUUUGUUUAUUUUUAUUUCUUUGUAAUAAAUCGAGAACUUGAACAUAAAUUAAA